CUGCCUGCCCGCCCUCUCAGCGCGCGCUCCGUCGCCCGACGACGCGGGAGCCACACGCUCAGAACUAGGCUCGCUGCGCUCGCUGUCGCCGAGCGCCGGCCCGCUGAGGCGGCGCCCUCGGUUCCCGGCCCGGAGACGGUCGGGACCGCCACAUCUGCGGCCCCAGGGCGGCGGCGGCGGCGGGAAAGAUGAAGAACGAAAUUGCUGCUGUUGUCUUCUUUUUCACAAGGCUAGUUCGAAAACAUGACAAGUUGAAAAAAGAGGCAGUUGAGAGGUUUGCUGAGAAAUUGACUCUUAUACUUCAAGAAAAAUAUAAAAAUCACUGGUAUCCAGAAAAACCAUCAAAAGGACAGGCCUACAGAUGCAUUCGUGUCAAUAAGUUUCAGAGAGUUGAUCCUGAUGUCCUGAAAGCCUGUGAGAACAGCUGCAUCUUGUACAGUGAUCUAGGCUUACCAAAGGAACUCACUCUGUGGGUGGAUCCAUGUGAGGUGUGCUGUCGGUAUGGAGAGAAAAACAAUGCAUUCAUUGUUGCCAGCUUUGAAAAUGAGGAUGAGAAUAAGGAUGAAAUCUCCAAGAAAGUUACCAGGGCCCUUGAUAAGGUUACCUCUGAUUAUCAUUCAGGAUCCUCUUCUUCAGAUGAAGAAACAAGUAAGGAAGUAGAAGUGAAACCCAGUUCCAUGACUGCGACCCCAAGCCCUGUGUACCAGAUUUCAGAAUUGAUGUUCCCACCUCUUCCAUUGUGGCACCCUUUGCCCAGAAAAAAGCCAGGAAUGUACCGAGGGAAUGGUCAUCAGAAUCACUAUCCUCCUCCUAUUCCAUUUGGUUAUCCAAAUCAGGGAAGAAAGAAUAAACCUUACCGCCCAAUUCCAGUAACAUGGGUACCUCCUCCUGGAAUGCAUUGUGACCGGAAUCACUGGAUUAAUCCUCACAUGUUAGCACCUCAUUAGCUGCUUUUGAUUCUGUUGGUGUCAGUGUUGAGAGAAGGUAGAAUAAGGCUGACCACAUUAAAAGUUAAAAGUUCAUACUCAUAGUAGUAAAGUUAGAUGGGCCAAACCGUCAAACUUAUUUUUAUAGAAAAGUUAUUGAUAAUAAUCUUUCUUAAAAAAUAUAUAUGCACUUUAGAUAUAUUGAUAUAGUUUGAGAAACUUUAUUAAAGUUAGUCAAGUGCCUGAGUUUUUAAUAUUGGACUUGAGUAUUUAUAUAUUGUGCAUCAACUCUGUUGGAUACGAGAACACUGUAGCAGCAGACGAUCUGUUCUAGCACCUUUGAGCAUUUACUUUAUGGAGAGUAUGUAAGUUAUUUAUACACAGGAAAUCUAUUUUAUGUCAUUGUUUAGAAGAAUUGCGUGAAAUCAUGUAGUUGCAAAUAAAAAGUAGUUUGAGGCA